UGGGCCAUUCCACCGAAUGGGUGCCAUUUCCAUCCAUUUCCGUCCCCAGGAGGUUUUUUGAAUCAAGGUGCAUGAAAAUUUACGGGUAAAUAAUUUUUGUUAUUAAACAAAAGGUCCUGCAUAAGUAUCUGAGUGUAAAUUUAACAUUAAUCUUGGGCAAGAAUAAUAGAAAGUACUUUGAACACUGAAAAAACAUUUCAGUGCAUGUAUUUUUCACCUGUCCCUGAUCUUUAACAUUACUCUUAGAGUGAAAUAUAAUUAAUAAAAUCCCCCCAAAUUUAUCUUUUUUUUGCAUUUUUGCGUGACUCUAUAUCCUGUCUAUGUUUCACAAAUACUUUUUUCAAAACAAUUUUAUACUUUAUUUGUUAAAAUACACAUUUUAGUUGUGUCCCUAGGUUUACACUCAGUCCUGUUACCCAAAUACAUUACCCCAUCUGUUUUAUUUUGAAAAUUCCAAAGGUGACCCAUACAACAGGAAGUUGCAUCAUAAGGAUCUUCAAAAGGCCAUGGGAAGACCAAAAGGAGCAAAGCCACCACAUAGUGCAGCAGAAAAGCAGCGGCUCUAUCGGGCUCGACGUGAUGCCGACCCAGAGCGGAGGGAAAGAUAUCUUGAGAGGGAAAAAAGAAAAUACAGGGAGGACUUAGAAUCAGGCAAGAAGAAAACAAUUGACCAACUAAGUGAGAGAGAAAAGCGCAGACGACGCAAAAAGUGGAGGGAGACAUACCAUACAAUCAAAGACAGAAAAAAAGUUCAGCAGUACCUUGUGACCCCUCCAGACAUACCCCAACUCUCACCAGAGCAAGCUAUAGAUCCACAACCAAGAACUUCAAGGCAAUGUGAUCAGGGGCGGAGAAGACGACGAAAAACACUAAAGAACCUUGAAAAACAAAUUCAUCAACUACAAGGCCUAUUGAGGAAACAAACCCAGAAAACAGAAAAAUACAAGAAAAAAGUCCAGCGCAUGACAAAGAAAGUCCUAAAAAAGAAGACAAAAGAAACUGAGUCUCCACGCACAAAAGUUAAAAGACAGAUGACACAGCUUCCACCAGCAGCCAUUCAAAAAACUCUUCUGUUUCAUGAGGCUCUGGUGGACGGCAUCCGAAACAAAUACAGAAAAGCACAGGGGGAAAAAGAAAGGCAAAUAAUUGCAAAAGUACUAACAGGAAAAGUCCUUAAAAAGUACAGAUUGCAACGCUUGGCUCAAAACUCAUUAGGAUUUUCAAAGAAAAGAUGGAGGAAUGAUGAGAAUGUCAACUACAGCUACCAACGGAAGCGGAACAGCAGGGUUCCAGAUAGUUUGACAAGUAGAGUGAGAGCUUUCUACACAAGGGAUGAUGUUAGUCGUAUCACAACAGGGAAGAGACAGACCAUCACUUGGAAGAAAACUAAAAAGCAGAAACGGUUCCUUUUGGAUACCAUGAAAAAUUUGCACAUGAAGUUUUUAGCUGAAGAGCAAAGCUCCAUCUCUUACUCACUCUUCUGUUUGCUUCGUCCUUUCUGGGUUAUUCAUCCAACUCUGAGUGAUCGGGACACAUGCAUGUGCAAGAUGCAUGAGAAUCUGGGUUUUAUUGUACAGAAGCUGCACCACCUGAAAGUGAUCAGCACUAUCAACCUGGAAGAUCUUGUGAAAACCAUCGCAUGUGACACAGAAAACAUGAAGUGCAUGUAUGGAGAAUGCUCUGAGUGCAAGAAUCUAUGCUGCCCAGUCUCCUCCAAGUACAAUCCAGAGAGUCAAGAGACAUAUCUCCAAUGGGCAAUAGUGGAUAAAGAGCAUAACAAUGACCCCAGUGGCAAAACAUCUAAAAUCACAAUCAAACAAGAAUCCCAGGCAACACAAGAAGAACUUCUGGACCAGCUGAACCUGCUGCUGCAUAGGUUUAAGAGACAUUCUUAUAACAUCAAGAAUCAGUUUACCCACUACAGGGCACUGAGACAGGGCUUGAAGUCACAUGAAUGUUUAAUUCACGUUGACUUCUCUGAAAAUUACGUCUGCAAGUACAGCACAGAAAUACAGGCUGUCCACUUUGGAGCAUCACACCAGCAGGCAACACUGCACACAGGUGUGCUUUAUGUGAACACAUCCUCCUGCCCUAUGUCCUUCUGCACAGUGUCCCCCUCAAGACUGAAGGGUCCACCAGCAAUCUGGCAGCAUUUGUCACCAGUCCUUGAUUAUGUGCAUAUGGCACAUCCAGAGGUCUCCACAAUCCAUUUUUACAGUGAUGGCCCAUGCACUCAGUAUAGACAGCGAGGGAAUUUUUUCAUGUUUUGUACUGAGCUGUUCAAACAAGGAUUCACUGCUGGAACAUGGAACUUCUUUGAGGCGAGCCAUGGGAAGGGGGCACCAGAUGGUGUAGGAGGAGCUCUGAAGAGGAGAGCCGACAGUCUGGUCAGCAAAGGGACAGAAGUACCUGAUGCUGCCAAAUUCUUUGAUGUGUUGCAAAAGACAGAAACAACAAUUAAGUUGUUUUUUGUCAAUGAGGAAGCAGUGGAGAAAGCUGUUCAGGAGAUGCCAAAUGAUGUGCCAUCAAUUCCCUCCACAAUGAGGAUACAUCAGGUGGUAACCCUUACCCAAGGAGAACUGACAUACAGAGAUAUCAGCUGCUUGUGCACAACAAGACAAAAUCUAACUUGUAAGUGCUUUAAUGCAAAGUCUUUCACGUUGGAUCAUCAACAGGCAGCACUCAGAGCCACAGAAAUUAUGUGGCAAAGUUCAGACAUUGUUGGCAAAUGGUGUGUGGUUAAGUAUGAUGAUGACAUAUACCCAGGUGUCAUCACAGAUACAUCUGAAACACAUGUUGAGGUCCGUUGCAUGCACAAAAUUGGGGUCAACAGGUUUUUCUGGCCAGCGCGCAAAGACCUGCUGUGGUACCUCUUUGAGGACAUUUUGUGCAUCAUCCCACCCCUGAGGCAGGUCACAUCUCGCUAUAUGGCAAUUGAAAAGGGGGUCUGGGACCAACUUGACACGGAGAUCGUUUUCCGGUCUAAAGGAAAUUUUGGAUCCAAUAGUGAUGUGGCAGACCUGCGCUUAGAGGACAUCACUGAGGAGGUGAUUACACAGAGACUGAAGCAGGGAUCAAGGGUGACCAAAACCCCCAGCCUCACGGACUGCGGUCAAGUGAGCCGUUGUUCGUUUGCCCGUGGUCAAGUGAGCCGCACCUACAAUUGA